CGCGGCCGCCAUGUCGGCGGCGCAGCCGGCGGCGCUGGGCAGCGGCCCCGGGGCGAAGGGAGCGGAGCCGCCGGAGCCGCCGGGGCCGCUGGAGCUCUGCGGCGCCUGCCGGGAGCGCCUCAGCCCCCGGCGGGAGCCGCGGCUGCUGCCCUGCCUGCACUCCGUGUGCCGGGGCUGCCUCGGCGCCGCGCCGGGAGCCGCCGGCAGCGACGGGCAGGCGAUCGAGUGCCCCGUGUGCCACCAGCAGUGUCCCCUGGGUGACGUCAUGGACAACUUCUUCCUGCAGGACGGCGGCGCGGCCCCGGCCAGCGGGCAGCCUGUCCCUUGUCCCCAGAGCUGCAACAGCUGCGAGGACAACGCGGCGGCCACCAGCUUCUGCCUGGAGUGCGCCGAGCCGCUGUGUGACACCUGCGUGGAGGCCCACCAGAGGGUCAGGUACACCCGGGAGCACAGCGUGCAGCCCUUGGGCGGCGCCGUCCCGGCGCCGCCGUUGCCGUGCCCGUGUCACCCGUCGCAGCCGCUGUCGCUGUUCUGCGGCGCCUGCGAGCGCCUCACCUGCCGGGAGUGUCACCUGGGCCCGCACCGCGCCCACCCCUCGCAGCCGCUGGACGACGCCGUCCGCAAGCAGCGCUCGGUGCUGGCGGCGCUGCUGCAGCGCCUGGCGGAGAGACACGCCGCGGUGCAGCGCUCGGCCAGGGAGCUGCGCGCCUUCAUCCGCCGCGCGUCGGACGCGCAGAAGCGCCUGCAGGUGGAGGUGAAGCUGGCCGUGCUGCACGUCAUGAAGGAGCUCAACCAGCGCGGCAAGGCGCUGCUGGCCGACGUGCAGCGCGUGGCCGAGGGCCGGCAGGAGCGGCUGGAGCGGCAGCAGCGCGCGCUGAGCCGGGCGCAGCGGCAGCAGGAGCACGUGCUGCGCUUCGCCGCCCGCGCCCUCGAGGGGCCCCACGGCACCGCCCUGCUGCUCUCCCGGGGCCUGAUCCAGGCACAGCUGCUGCGGGCUCUCGGGGCGCCGCUGGAGCCGCUGGAGCCGCAGGGGGAGAUGAGAUUCCAGUGGGACCUGCAGGGCUGGACCAGGAGCGCCCAGAGCUUCGGUGCCAUCAUUUCGGAGCCGCCCCUCCCCCCCUCGCUGAGCCCUCCCCCCGCCCGCCCCUCCCCCACCCCGCAGGGCCACCCCCAGGCCGCGCUGGGCGGCGGGGGACACGAGAGCCCCGAGCUGCUCCUGCAGGGUCCCCCCACGCUGUCACCUCCCCCCCUGCUGUCACCUCCCCGCCAGCUGUCACCUCCCCCCCUGGAGCCAGCGGCCACCGAGAGCCCCGAGCUGGCCCCCAGCCCUGAAAAUGGCGUCACCGGAGGGAGGACGAGGAACCCCAGCAGUUCUCCCCGGGAGGAGAAGUUCAUUAAGAAGCUGCUUAUUAAGCGGAGGGGCCCCCCCGGGGCUCAGGACAGCCCCCGGCUCCCCAAGGAGCCGCGGGUGAGCCUGGAGCGCCUGGAGCUGGACCUGGAGCUGGACCCGGCGCAGCCGCCCGUGUUCCGCAUCUUCCCGGGGCCCUCGGAGCAGGAGUUCAGCCUCAUCAUCAUCGAGCAGGGCACAGCGGGGACAGAGGGGACAGCGGGGACAGCGGGGACAGGGGGGACAGCGGGGACAGGGGGGACAGGGGGGACAGCGGGGACAGGGGGGACAGCGGGGACAGCAGGGACAGUGGGGACACAGGGGACAGCGGCGACAGCGGGGACGGUGCAGCCACACGGAGCCCUCCUUGUCAAGGUGAGUGUCCCCCGUGUCCCCUCCAGUGCCCACUGUCCCCUCCCCACCCCGGAGGAGCAGCAGGAGUUGCCCAUCGGGGACAUCGGGGACACCAAACCCGUGGGGCUGCCGCCCCCUCCCCCGGGGGAGCCGGGCCCUGCCCCGGGCUCCUCCCCUGGCCUGGGGCUCCCGGGGGUCCCGGUGGUCCCGGGGGGGCUCCCGGGGGUCCCGGGGGGGCUCCCGGGGGUCUCGUGCUGCCGCGUGUGCGGCCAGGCCGGGGCCGUGGUGAUGUGCGACCGCUGCCAGCGCUGCUUCCACCUGCACUGCCACCUGCCCGCGCUGCAGGACGUGCCCAGCCCCGAGUGGACGUGUUUGCUGUGCCAGGAGCUGCCCCCGCCCCUCCCGGAGCCGGAGCCGGGCCCCCCCCCUAAGCUGAGCCCCCAGGACCAGCAGCGCUGCGAGUUCGUCCUGCUGGAGCUGCUGUGCCACGAGCCCUGCCGGCCCCUGCAGCGCCUCUGCAGCUCCCCGGACGGCCGCGACGCCAUGGACCUGACGCUGAUGCGGGCGCGGCUGCAGGAGAAGCUGAGCCCCCACUACCGCAGCCCCGAGGAGUUCGCCCGCGACGGCUGGCGCCUGCUGCGCCAGUUCCACCGCCUCACCGAGGACAAGGCGGACGUCCAGUCCAUCCUGGGGCUGCAGCGCUUCCUCGAGAGCCGCCUCAGCGCCGUCUUCGGGGACCAGAAGUUCUCCAGGCUCCUGGUGGAUCCCGAGGAAGCCCUGGAGGUGUCUCCAGGCUCCUGAUCGCCCCUCCUGGGGGGGUGAAAGCCCUCCCAGCACCCCCUUUUGCCCCCCCCCCACCACGGGUAAAAUGUCAUGGUUGGACACUGGC